AUGCAAUUUCUUGGGCAUAUUGUUGGUAUAAAUGGAAUAAAACCUGACUCUCAAAAGGUUAAAAAACUUGAAAAAUUACCUCCACCGAAAAAUAUUACUCAAUUAAGAGCAUUCAUAGGACUGGCAUCCUAUUAUCGUCGAUUUAUAGAAAACUUCGCUAAAAAGGCUGCACCUUUAAACAAAUUAUUACAAAAGGAUGUAGAAUUUAUUUGGACAGAAGAACAUAAUAGAAUAUUUAAUUAUUUAAAACAAUGUUUAAUUACUGCCCCAAUUUUACAAUACUCUAAUUAUAAUGAACCAUUCAUUAUAUUUACUGAUGCAUCUUAUCAAGGACUUGGAGCUGUAUUAUCCCAA